GAUAGACAGCCUGGCCUCGGAAGGGGAGGGAAAGGGGGAAAGAUGGCAGCCUCCUUGAGGCUGAUCCAUCGCUGCAGAGGGACGAUCAAUCGCUUGCUGGGCAGAAAUUUAAUGCGAGUGCCCCUCGGUUCCUUGUCCCAGGUGGCGGGUUGCAAAUUCCUACAUACGACCCCGGAAACCUUGGGUAUCCCUGCUAUUAAAAUCACUAUGCCUGCUUUAUCACCUACAAUGGAAGAAGGAAAUAUAAUGAAAUGGCUGAAAAAAGAAGGAGAAACGGUGAAUGUUGGAGAUGCCCUAUGUGAAAUUGAAACAGAUAAGGCAGUGGUUACAAUGGAAUCAAGUGAUGAUGGCAUAUUAGCUAAAAUAAUGAAGGAAGAGGGCAGUAAAAAUGUGCGCUUGGGUGCAUUAAUUGGUUUGCUAGUAGAAGAAGGACAAGACUGGAAGCAAGUUGAUAUACCAAGUGAUGCACCCUCUGAGUCUGUGACAUCAACAGCCUCUUCCCCAACUCUCCCAUUAGCUCAUAAAAUAGAAGAGCACCCUGGAAAAGAACAGUUUCGCUUAAGUCCUGCUGCCCGUAAUAUUUUAGAGACACAUGGGCUUGAUGCAAGUCAUUGCACACCCUCGGGACCUCGAGGAAUUUUCACAAAAGAGGAUGCCCUCAAGCUUUUGGAGCAGAAGCAAAAGCCUGUGGAAGUAAAACCCAUGGUUUCUUCACUUCCCCCACACCAAGCUAGAAUGCCUUUGUCUGCACCAUCAGCAAGUGUGCCCAUUAGCGCUUCACGUCCUCCAGUUACCCCUGUCUCUGUUCCUGGCCGGCCAGCUUCCAUGAGCCCAUUCACUGAAAUCCCUGCUAGCGACACAAGAAGAGUUAUUGCUAAGAAACUAACAGAAUCAAAGACCACGGUACCUCAUGCAUAUGCAUCGGCUGAUUGUGACCUUGGUGCUAUACUAAAUCUAAGGCAAAAGAUGGCAAAAGAUGAUGUUAAAGUAUCUAUAAAUGACUUUAUUAUCAAGGCAACUGCAGUAACACUGAAACAAAUGCCAGAUGUGAAUGUGACCUGGAAUGGAGAAGGCCCCCGGCAGCUGCAGUCGAUAGACAUUUCUAUAGUUACAGCAACAGACCAGGGUUUCAUUACACCUAUCAUCAAGGAUGCUGCAUCCAAGGGAAUUCAGGAAAUUGCGGCUUCUGCAGAGGCUUUAGCAAAGAAAGCAAGAGAUGGGAAGUUACUUCCAGAAGAAUACCAAGGAGGAUCUUUGAGCAUCUCAGAUCUUGGAAUGUUUGGUGUCAACAGUUUCAUUGGUCUCGUAAUACCUCCUCAAGCCUGCAUCUUAGCAGUGGGAGGAUCUCGGACAGAACUCACUGUUGUGGAGGAUGAAGAUGGGAAUGAGAAGCUUCAACAACAUCAGCUCCUAACGAUAACUCUGUCAAGUGAUGGUCGAGUGAUCGAUGAUGAAUUAGCUUCUAAAUUUUUAGACACACUCAAGGCAAACUUGGAGAAUCCAAUGCAUCUUGCUUUGUGUUAAAAGAUCAAGAUUCCAUCCUGUGUUUGGCAAAAUAUUUAAACUGAAUUCCGAAAGAAAGAAAAGGCACAGAAGCUAGGAAAAUAUGUAUAGUGUGACAUGGACAACUUAAGCUGCUUAUUUAUUUAAAUAAACUUUAAAAGAUGUUUAAUGAUUUCUAUCUCUUGGCUUUUAUAUGUUGAAGUAGUAUUAUGUAUGUUACGUCUACAGAACUGGUUCAGAAUAAUUUUAGAGUGUAUUCUAAUAUAAAUGGGUAUUGCCAGUAUACCAUAUAGAACUCUUGGGUAAGAUUGAAUAGAUGUAUAAAAAUACUAAAAGGAAAGAAGACUUAACUUCCUUCCUAAACUUUUAUCUAGGCUGAACACAAACUGUCUAACCAAACUGAAAUGGCAAAAUGUAAUAGAUCUGAGUCAACAGUGUUGCUGUUUAAUUUUUUUUUAAAAGCAGUUAGGAUAAGAUUCAACUAUAAGAAUCUGACUAUAUGAAGAAUUCUCUGCAUACAAUAAAUACAGUGACUAAUAAUGAUAAAUAGUUCUGAGAAGAAAAUGCAGGGUGCCAAAAUUCAAUUACAUAACAAUAUUAAACUUAAAGUACUUAAAGUACAUUCCACAUUAUCCUUUUAAACAUGUUUUCUACCUAUAGUUCUUGGUAAUGUGAUAUAUAUUAUUGUGAGUUUUGAAAACAAUGCUUUCAGUAUGAACUUAGAUAUUUGCAGUGGAACUGGUGGCAUUGGAUUUUUCUUGUGGCAGUGCUUCCAGCCAUAACCUUGGGACAUCAUAUAAAGAAAGUUUGCGCAAAUUUCAUGGACCCAUUCCUCUUCUUCUAUAUAAAAUAGGCUAUAACUUUCAGGCGAACAGGACUGUUGCUGCUUGUAUGUAAAUAUGAUUGUAUGUUUUCAAGUGCAAAAGUAAUACAAUUUUUAAGAGUUCCCAUUAGCCUACAUUGAAUGUUUAAAUAUAAGUGGUUGUUAUUAUAUUUUAUUUGAAUACACAGAAUUAAAUUUCAACUAGGCAGUUCAAUAUGGAAAAUACUUUUGCUGUCCAAACGUAACUUGUUCAUUGUGUCCAUAUUUUAAAAGGUGUAUUUAUUCUUGAUAUUCAAGGCACUGCAUAUGGAACUCAAAAAUUUAAUCAAACUAUGACUUUAACCCUUAUCCCCACCCUCAUUCUUGUAUGAAAUAUCUAUCACUCAACUUCUAUAUCUGCUGAAUUUGGAAUUGAGACUCAUUGACCUUAAUGGGAUUGUCUUCUGGACAAGUAUAUAUAAGAUUGCUUUGCUAUUUACAACUACCAGAUUUACUGAAACAAUUUCCUCAAAUCUUUUCAGUGAAGAGCCAUGAGGGUUUUUUAGCUUUAUAAUUACAUAGUUACUAAUGAAAUACAGUAUGUCUUUGCAUAUUUGCUGCUAAAUUUAAACAUUCAAGCUCUAACUGAAGUAGCUUCAUCUAACUACAUUGAGAUAAUAUUCUGCCUUAAAACU